GUUGUCAUCAAGAUGGAGUUCUUGUUGGGGAAUCCGUACAGCACUCCCGUUGGCCAGUGCAUUGAGAAAGCCACAGAUGGCUCCCUGCAGAAUGAAGACUGGACACUCAACAUGGAGAUCUGUGACAUCAUUAAUGAGACCGAGGAAGGGCCUAAAGAUGCCAUGCGUGCGGUGAAAAAGAGACUCAGUGGCAACAGGAACUUCCGUGAAGUGAUGCUGGCUCUAACCGUGCUGGAGACUUGCGUGAAAAACUGCGGCCACCGUUUUCACAUCCACAUCGCCAAUAGAGAUUUCAUCGAAGGUGUCUUGGUGAAGAUCAUCACUCCGAAGACCAACCCUCCUGCUAUAGUACAGGACAAAGUGUUGUCACUGAUUCAGGCUUGGGCAGAUGCGUUCAGGAGCAGCCCAGACCUCACUGGAGUCGUGCACAUUUACGAGGAGCUGAAGAGGAAAGGAGUUGAGUUCCCCAUGGCAGACCUGGAUGCUUUGUCACCCAUUCACACACCACAGCGGGGAGUCCCAGAGGUAGAUCCAGGCACACACAAGUACAGAGCGCCUGCUCAGCCCAACACAGCAUCUCAAACGGGCCCUAAACCUGCAGCUGCUGCAACAGCUGACUUCAACCCCACCCAGAUCCCUCCUGUAUCGGGACCCAUCACAGCAAACCCAGAGCAGAUCGCAAGGCUGAGAAGUGAGCUGGACGUUGUGCGUGGGAAUAUUAAAGUGAUGUCGGAGAUGCUGACAGAGAUGGUGCCGGGCCAAGAAGACGCCUCUGAUCUCGAGCUACUCCAGGAGCUGAACAGGACGUGUCGUGCCAUGCAGCACAGGGUAGUGGAGCUCAUCUCUCGCGUGUCUAACGAAGAGGUCACCGAAGAGCUGCUACACAUCAACGAUGAUUUAAACAACAGCUUCCUGCGCUACGAGAGGUAUGAGAGAUACAGAGUAGGCAGAGCAGCACAAAACAACGGGCUGAGAGAGGUCCUGAAUGAGGCUUCAGAGGAGGAUAAUCUAAUAGAUUUGGGCCCUGCUUCUCCAGCAGUGGUCACUCCUCGGGUCAGCACUACACCCACAUCCACCCUGCAGCCUCCUCCUGCUGCUGCUGCUCCUGCUCCUGCUGCAUCUCUCUCCACACAGCUGGCAGGACUUGAAGUGGGUGCAGAUAGCGUCAUCAGGACUCUCAGCUCUCUGACUGCUCACAACCCUCAGGACGACUUUGACAUGUUCGCCCACACCAGGUCCAGCUCUCUGGCUGACCAGCGCAAAAACGUUAAAUACGAGGAACCUCAGGCUCUGGUGGGCCUGGCGUCUGCUUUAGACAUCAGACAGCAAAAUGCCACUGGGCCAAAUGUAAUAGGUCCUAACGCUGAGUUGGAGCCCAUAGACAGCUGGCUCAUUACCCAAGGAAUGAUCCCCGUAUCGCAGUCCUCUGUCAUGGAUGACAUUGAGGAGUGGCUCUGUGCUGAUGUGGUGAGACUUCUUUACCUUGAUUUCAUUCUCUCUGUUUUUGUUUCCAUGGUAACAUCACCUCGUCUUACUCACUUUCAUUUUAUGCACUUUAAACUCAUGAAUGCAGUUGACAGUUGUUCUCCUGAUGUCUCUUUAGAGUUCGACAAGUUCUUGGAGGAGCGGGCCAAAUCCGCAGACCAGGCUUCACCGCUGGCCCCCUCCGGAGAGCCCAGACCUCCAGUGAGCUCGUCUAGCAGCAACCGCAGGAGGACACAGCAGACGGAGGACAAUCUCUUUGCCUUGUAGAACAGUGACGGGACAGAUGCUCUCGCUGGUGACCGCAACCACAUUCCCUCCCUUUACAAACCUACUGAUGUUAUACGACAGCAAGACCCCUGUCUAAUAACCCCCACCGCCUGAUAGAGCACUGUGAGAAUCCAGCUUCAUAACCGCAGACUUUGAGCUGAACGGCGCAGUCAAGCGAUGGCUUAAGCAAAUAUGUAGCCAAAAUGAUUCUCUUUAGAGAGCUCGCUUCUUUCAUUCCUGUCAAAUAAUAGUCGAAUAGAGCUGAUUGGUUUUGUAUUUAUCGUUCAUUAAUGAACUAACGCUCUUAAAGUUUGUCAUUCUAUGAGGUGAGGUAUUCAUGUUGGUCAGUUCUUCUGAGUCAGCUAUGGAUUGUGAUUCAAUCUGUCUCUGUGGUAAAUAGAGCAAGAAAAUAUUAGAUCUUAAUCGGGCGUAGGAGCGCAGAGACAGUGGGUCGUCGCUCGUGAUUGGCCUGUCAUGUUUAUGAGGCUCUGGUGAAGAAAAGUGGCUAUAUUCUUGUAAUCAUCAUGUGUGGAUUACCAAAGACAGAAGAAUGAACGCCUUUUCCAUCGAUAAAGGUUUUUGUA